ACAUAUUUUAUGACAAAAUAACAAACUUCAUACAUAGAAGAACAAAAAAAACAAAUGUUUAGUGUGAUCCGAACAAUUCUGAGAUUGAACGUUCUUCUCACCACCGUCUUUCUCCAUUCCAACACUUGGAAACAAAAAUAGUAACACAACAAUCUGAAACAAAAUUGAAGAAUCUGAAAAAACCAAAAAAAAAAAACUACCUCAGCCUUACUAGAAAAAACCAAAUGAGGCAACGCAUCAUCACUUGGUUGAUCCUAAUCAUGAUAAUACUAUACAUCCUUUACUCUUCCAAUCUUCUUUUAUUAACCAGCGAAAAGCGCGAUUGUACAACCAAUGUGCGUUUAGAUGCAGCAACAGAUGAACAACUUGAGAUGAUUGGUACUGGUACUGGUACUGGUAAUAGUUCCACAACUACAUCAUCUAUCAUUGAAAAUGAAGUUUCAAAUGAGAAAAAAAUAAAAGUAAACAAAAAAAGAAAGGAGGAAGAAUCAGAUGAUCAAGAUGAAAAAGAGUUUUCUAUUGAAGAGUUAUCUCAAAGACAAGACACAGAGAUCAAACACAUUGUUUUUGGGAUAGCAGCUUCGUCGAAUUUAUGGGACAUAAGAAAAGAAUACAUCAAAGUUUGGUGGAAGCCUAAUGAAACAAGAGGGGUAGUGUGGUUAGAUCAAAGAGUGAAGAUACAUCCGGGUGAAGAUUUACCUGAUAUUCGAAUUUCGGAGGACACUACGAAAUUUAAGUAUACGAAUCGUCAGGGACAGAGAUCUGCUUUAAGAAUUUCAAGGGUGGUGACAGAGACAUUGAAACUUGGAUUGGAAGAUGUAAGAUGGUUCAUGAUGGGAGAUGAUGACACUGUGUUUAUGGUUGAUAAUGUUGUUAGAGUCCUUUCUAAGUAUGACCAUAAUCAAUUUUAUUAUGUUGGAAGCUCCUCUGAGAGUCAUGUUCAGAAUAUACAUUUCUCUUAUGCUAUGGCUUAUGGUGGUGGAGGAUUUGCUAUAAGUUACCCUUUGGCUAAGGAGCUUGCGAAAAUGCAAGAUCGAUGUAUUCAACGUUACCCUGCUUUGUAUGGUAGUGAUGAUAGAAUGCAAGCUUGCAUGGCUGAGUUAGGCGUUCCAUUAACCAAGGAAGCAGGUUUUCACCAGUAUGAUGUGUAUGGAGACCUAUUAGGCCUUCUUGGAGCACAUCCUGUUGCCCCACUAGUGUCAUUGCACCACCUAGAUGUAGUGCAACCUAUAUUUCCAAAGAUGAACAGAGUACAAUCCCUACGGCACUUAAUGAAAUCUGUGAAACAAGACUCAGGUAGCAUAAUGCAACAGUCAAUUUGCUAUGACCAAAAGAGAUAUUGGUCCAUCAUAGUUUCAUGGGGCUUUGUGGUUCAAGUUUUGAGGGGAGUGUUGUCUCCCAGGGAAUUAGAGAUGCCAACAAGGACCUUUCUUAAUUGGUAUAGAAGAGCUGAUUACACUGCAUAUGCAUUCAACACAAGGCCUGUAACCAAACACCCUUGUCAGAAAGCUUUCCUUUUCUAUAUGAACAGAACUCGAUAUGAUCCAGUUAAGAAGCAAGUUAUUAGUACUUAUUCGCGUUACAAAUCUAAACCUCCUUAUUGCCGGUGGAAAAUGGACUCACCAGAAGAUAUUGAUUCCAUUGUAGUUUCAAAAAGACCAGAUCCUCUUCGCUGGCAAAGGUCACCUAGGAGGGAUUGUUGUAGAGUUCAACCACCACGUCGUAAGGGAUCAACUUUGUACAUAUGGGUUGGCAACUGUCGAGAGGGAGAGGUUAGUGAAUUGGUGCUUAAAAGUGGAAGUUGAGCUUCUAAAUUCCCAUUAUGUAGUUUUUUAAUCUAAUUUCUUAGCUGUAUUUGCAUGAGAAAAAGUCUACAGAAUACAAAUGGAAAUUGAACAAUUGUCAUUGUUCAUAAUGUCACAAGCUACAGUUCUUAACACCUCUAUGUAAUUGUAAACUCAACAAAGGAGACUAAAUUGCAUAGUUUUUAUUUG